AUGGCUGACCGCGAUAUUCUCCCCGCCACCGUCAAGCCCUCCCACUAUGACCUCUCCAUCUCGUCUAUGAAAUUCGACGACUGGUCUUAUCAAGGACACGUCUUAAUAAAUGUCUCUAUCGCUGAGCCCAUUAAGGAGAUUAUCCUCAACUCGCUUGAUUUAACCCUUCAGAAGGCUGAGGUUACUGUUGAUGCCGGCAAAUCUUCCCAAUCUUUCCAGACAUCAACCUUUAGCUAUGACGAGAAGAAACAGCGCGCCACACUUCAGUUUGCUGAGGAAAUCUCCGCCUCUCAACAUGCUGCUCUAUCCAUCAACUUCAAAGGUACCAUCAACAAUGACAUGGCCGGUUUUUAUAGGAGCAAGUAUAAGCCUGUCGUCCCCGCGGCCGCAUCAGUCCCUAAGGAUGAUUCUUUCCACUACAUGUUUUCUACUCAGUUUGAAGCGUGUGAUGCUCGGAGAGCAUUCCCUUGCUUUGAUGAGCCUCGGCUUAAGGCGACCUUUGAUUUUCGGAUUGAGAUCCCCGACGAUCAAGUAGCAUUGUCUAACAUGCCUGUCAAAAACGUGAGCAAGAAUUGCGCUGGUUUCCAAACUGUCUCAUUUGAAACGACCCCUGUCAUGAGCACAUAUCUGUUGGCGUGGGCUGUGGGAGACUUCGAAUACGUCGAGGCUUUCACGGAGCGUCGCUACAAUGGAAAGCAGCUCCCUGUCCGAGUGUACACGACUCGAGGAUUGAAGGAACAAGGUCGCUGGGCGCUGGAACAUGCCCCUAAGACCAUUGACCUCUUUUCGGAAAGCUUCGGUAUCGAUUAUCCCCUUCCCAAAUCUGACUUGCUGGCUGUUCAUGAAUUCACCCACGGAGCUAUGGAGAACUGGGGACUGGUGACUUACCGUACCACUGCCGUGCUCUUCGACGAGAAGACAUCCGAUGCGAGAUACAGAAACCGAGUCGCGUAUGUCGUUGCUCACGAGCUAGCUCACCAGUGGUUCGGCAAUCUUGUCACCAUGGACUGGUGGGAUGAGCUCUGGCUUAACGAAUCUUUCGCUACCUGGGCUGGUUGGUAUGCUGUCAAUGAGUUCCAUCCUGACUGGCAAGUUUGGGCCCAAUUCGUCAAUGAAGGCAUGGAGAUGGCAUUCAAACUUGAUGGCAUGCGUGCCUCUCAUCCCGUCCAUGUCCCAGUUCAGGAUGCCCUAGAUGUGAACCAAAUAUUUGACCAUAUUAGUUAUCUCAAAGGAUGUUCUACCCUUCGCAUGUUGGUGAAUCACCUAGGAGAGAAAACCUUCCUUAAAGGCGUUGGUGCUUAUUUGAGGAAGCAUGCCUACGGAAAUGCUAAGACUGAGUACCUAUGGGAGGCCCUAUCCGAGGCCUCGGGAGCUAAUGUUCCCGAACUCAUGGGCAACUGGAUCGAGAAGAUUGGUCAUCCCUUAAUAACGGUCGCCGAAGAGCCUGGUCAGAUAUCCAUCAAGCAAAACCGCUUCCUAGCAACCGGCGAUGUGAAACCCGAAGAGGACGAAACUGUAUGGUGGGUUCCACUUGGUCUUCAAGGUAAGGUUGGAGAGCAAGGUGUGCAGACCCUAGCGUUGACCGAAAGGGAUACUGUUAUAAGAGAUGUCGACGACGACUUUUACAAGCUGAACAGCAAUGCCACUGGGUUUUUCCGAACCAACUAUCCACCUGCCCGUCUUGCUAAGCUUGGCACUCAGCUUGACCGUCUGAGCGAUGAGGAUAAAAUUUCCAUUAUCGGCUCUGCUGCCGACUUAGCUUUCUCAGGCUACGGCUCACCUACAGCCCUCCUAUCUUUCGUCCAAGGAUUCAGCGGAGAGACUAACUACCUGGUUUGGUGUCAAGUCCUUGAUUCGUUGAGCACUCUCAAGUCUAUCUUUGGUCAAGAUGAUCUGAUCAAGCAAGGUCUUGAGAACUUCUCUUUGAAACUGGUGAACAGUGCGGUGGAAAAGAUUGGGUGGGAAUUCUCCGAAAACGAGGAUUACCUAACUGGAUUGCUUCGAAAGAGGCUGCUCUUGCAUGCCACCGCCAAUGGACAUCCAGGGGUGACCGAGAAGGCGCUUUCUCUAUUUGAUGCUUGGGUUGCGCAGGGCACUACUUUCAACCCGAAUCUGAGGACAGUUGUCUACCGCACCGCCAUCAAAGUCAAGCCUGCUGAGGCCGUCAAAGUACUCAAGAAAGAGUGGUACACUGGCUCUUCCAUUGAUGGCAAGGAAGUCUGCCUAUCUUCUCUAGGUCAAGUUCGAGACGCCGAGAUCAUCAAGAACGAGCUAUUGCCAUUCCUCUUUGACUUAUCGCCUCCGGCGCCAGCAUCAGAAUCAGUUCCGUCUGGAGACAUGCAUUCCCUUGGCAGCUCUUUGGCAGCCAACUCGUCUGCUCGCCCCAUACAAUGGGAAUACAUGCAGAACAACUGGGAGAAGCUCACAACUAAGAUGGCAAACCCAGUAGUCCUGGACCGCUUUGUUAAGAUAUCCCUCAACAAGUUUGUUGAUAACAAAUACAUUACUGAGAUCGAGCAAUUCUUCGAGGGCAAGGACACUAGCAGCUUCGACCGCACCCUAGAGCAAGUUAAAGAUGCUGUACGCGGGCGAGCUGCCUAUUACCAGAGAGACACCGAUACUCUAAAAGAAUGGUUCAAGGCAAAUGGAUACAUUAACUAG